AUGGAGGUCAUUGUUUGGAAUGUCCACCGAGGUCUGGGCCUGCGGCUGGUGAAUGGGUCAAGCAGGUGCGCUGGCCGAGUGGAAGUUUACCACGCCGACACCUGGGACACAGCGUGUGAUGACAACUGGGCCACAGAAGAUGCCCAAGUGGUCUGCUGGCAGUUUGGCUGUGGCCUGGCUGUGGUAGCUUCAGCCCUGGGUCAGGCAGCAUCCUCCUGCACGAUGUCAACUGCACCGGAAGCCAGUCCUCCUGGGACAGUGCCCUCACGGCAGCUGGGUCACCCACAACUGGGGGCACCAGGAAGAUAUCUGCCCGUGGUGAGGCUGGUUGGCGGGAAGAGCAGGUGUGAGGGCCGCGUGGAGAUCCUUCACAACGGCACCUGGGGGACCGUGUGCGACGACCUCUGGGGCCUGCCCGCCGCCCAGGUGGUGUGCCGGCAGCUGGGCUGCGGGAUGGCCCUGGUGGCCCCGGGGAGCAGCCUGUUUGGUGACAGCUCCGGCCCCAUCUUCCUGGACGAUGUGCAGUGCACAGGCAGUGAGACCAACCUGGGGAGAUGCCACCACCGGGGCUUCUUCAUCCACAACUGUGGCCACCAUGAGGACGCCGGGGUCAUUUGCUCAGAUACAACUCUCACUUCAGGCGAAGAGCCUUCUUCACCAGGUAUGCUCUCUGCUCCUUGCAGUAGUCCUGGAGUGUUAAUUCCCAGCGCUGAGAAAUUCCCAGCCCAGCAAGAGUUUGACACCCAGAACCCGCCCCUGCGCCUGGCUGGCGGGCGCAGCCGCUGCGAGGGCCGGGUCGAGGUCUGGCACCAGGGCGUGUGGGGCACGGUGUGCGACGACCACUGGAACAUCAAGAACGCCCGCGUCGUGUGCCGCCUGCUGGGCUGCGGCCGCGCGCUGGGCGCCCCGGGGCGCUGCCGCUUCGGCCCGGGCCGAGGGCCCAUCUUGCUGGACGACGUGCGCUGCGCGGGCACCGAGGACGCGCUGGAGCGCUGCGCCCACUCGGGCUGGGCGCGCCACAACUGCCGGCACCAGGAGGACGCGGGCGUGGUCUGCGCAGCCCAGCUCUCCUGCUUACCUCACCUCUUCCAAGUCAUCAUUGACCGAGGCUAUCUCCGAAGGCUGGGCUACUCUUCCUGGGACAUCCACUUAAAUGAUAAGCUGUGUCGCCCCCAAGUCACAGGGCGCUAUCUGAUCUUCAACAUUCCCUAUGGCCACUGUGGCACCAUCAGACAGAAGUUUCUGUCCCAGGAGCCAUGCUGGAACCCCCCCUGUGUCUGGGAGGUGGGCAGCUCCCGGACGCUUCUGGGCCAUCAGGGAGGACCCUCAGAUAUCCUCUCUGGCCCUAGCUGGCCCAGCUCCCCCAGCAAGCCUUGUGUGCUGACCACAAUGCUAGGGGCAGAGGACACAGCAGGUCAGGAACCACCUGGGGUGACGGCCCAGUCCCAGGCCACCCACGUGGAAAACACUGCCUUGUAUGUCUGA